GUAUAAUAUAAUGUGAUAUUUUAAAUAUUGUUCUUGUGUUUUCUGCCAGAAAUAUGAAUUCGAGAAAUUCUCAAUGUAUUAGAAAAUCAAAAUUAUUUUUGGCGCUGGUGACAGUGGUUUUUGUGCAAUCUCUCUGCUUGGCCGUGUAUUAUUUUCCCUCUGAAAAUGCUGGUGUGUUACGGGAAGAACAAGAGGAGAUUCUCAUAGGAUUUGAUGGGACCGAGUUUACUGAUGAUGUUAUUUUAAGCAAGAUUGGAGAAUCGCACCCAAAUGUACUUGUAGCUUACCUUGACGACGAUGGUCCUCGUUUUAACAGCACGUGCGGGCAUUAUUGCAACCCACUGGAUAUUCACUACAACAACAUAUACUGGCAAACACAAAAAACGAAAAAUGCAUCAUAUUUUCUCUAUGGUGCAUACUACGAUGACAGACCAGCAGCAAAAAAGAGGAUAAUUCGCAUCAUUACAAUGACAGACCAGUACACUAUUUCAGAAAGUGCUACCUGCCUCAUUUGGUUUGGAAAUGAAGCACCUGCCAUCACUAGAGUUUUCGAUUACCAGUUCAUGUGGUACAAUCAUUGGGGGAAAAAUGGAGCGACUCUUUUUCCUUAUCUGUUAAGCUGCGAAAUUCCUUUGGAAUACGGUAAUCAAGUGCCGGACUCUGUUUCAUUGGUUGGAAAUCCCUGUGACCGCGCAACCAAUAAUCUUAAAUUGGUGCACAACCUAGCUCCGGAAGGAGAGAAAAAGGAUUUCGUCGUUUGCGUAAAAGCGCUAAAUUUUGAGCACGAUGCAUACAUGGCCAUCCGUCUGGUAGAGUGGAUCGAAAUGCUCAAAAUUUUAGGCGCGGAUAAAGUCGUCUUUUACGAGUUGCAUGUCCACGAAAAUAUUACAAGAAUACUAGAGCAUUACAAGCGCAUGGGGAAUAUUGAAGUGGUUAAAACCACCCUGCCCGGACACUCCGCCAACAUUCCUCAUUUUAUGACCACCUAUUUACAGAAGAAGCAAUACGGAGUUAGGAGAUUCCAAGAGGUGAUUGAAAUCAAUGAUUGCUUUUAUCAAAAUAUGUACAAGUACCGAUACGUCGUCUUGCUUGACGUGGAUGAGUUGAUCGUACCACGCGGUGACUUAUUAACGUGGCAGCAGCUUGUAUAUGACGUAACGUUACCGAAAGCAAAAAACAUUCCCUAUGCUACUCUUAUCGCCCGCAAUGUUUAUUUUAUGGAUGAAAAAAAGGAGCUGCAGGACUGGUACUUCAACAUCCCAAAAUAUAUGCAUAUGCUUCAGAAUGUCCGGCGGAAUAAAGAGUAUGAAGAGCCGGGCACAGGGAUAAAGGCGUUCCACAACACAGAUCUCGUACUCGCGCUGCAUAACCAUUUUGCAAUCGCAUGCCUGGGCGGUCAUACCACGUGGUGUGAAUACGUUGACUUUGAUCUGGAAGACGCGCACUUGCAACAUUACUGCUAUGGUAGGAGAAAGUACGAAUGCAUGACCAAGAACGACGGAAACUUGACCGUGGAUGCCAACAUUUGGAAAUACAAUACUGAAUUAAUCAGUGAAGUCAAAAAGACUUUAAGACAAACGGGAUUUCUUCGGAAAAAAUAG